AACGCAUAAAUCGCGAAAAAUCACCGCAUCGGCUAAAAGCGACGGUAUUGCGGAAAAUGCAUUUCCCGGGUGCAAAGCGCAGGCGGAAUGGCGGGGGGUGCAAGCAAUGAUGGACAUCGUAUUGAUUUCUAUCUGCUCCUCCCUUAUUGUCGCGGUGCAGGGCAGACAUCGAUCGCUGCACCGGCCCUAAAUUAACACCCCGAUCGCCAUCUCACCCCCAGUACGUUUUUACUCGGAGUAGUGUUGUGUUCAUCGUCAUUAACCUCACAUGAUCGCGCAAAUGAUCAAUGAUAAUAACUGAAGCUUUAAAAGUGGGCCGUGACGCGCAGAUUUAUUUGUCAGACAAGUGAGAAAAAGGCAUUAAAGUGGCGACGCUGGGCGCGCGCGUGGAAUGCGCAGGAGUGGAUUUGUUUAAUUCGCGGGCACGGACAGAUUCAGCCGUGUCUCCUUCAGAACACCCGGCCAUGGCGACCGAAACCGUGUGGCACCCAGGCGGCGCCGCGGCCGGCGGUGAACAGCAAUACUCAUUGCGAUGGAACGACUUCCACUCGGCUAUGGUCUCCUCCUUCAGGCGGCUCCGGGAUGAAGAGGAUUUCGUUGAUGUCACACUCGCAUGCGCAGGCGCAACGUUUACAGCACAUAAGGUGGUACUAUCAGCGUGCAGUCCCUACUUUCGACGGCUUUUAAAGGCGAAUCCUUGUCAGCAUCCCAUCGUUAUCUUGAGAGACGUUCACGACAAAGAUAUGGAGAGCUUACUCAGGUUCAUGUAUCAGGGUGAGGUUCACAUCGGCCAAGAGCAACUCAAAGAGUUCCUGCGGGCAGCUCAACUGCUCCAAGUGCGAGGUCUUACAGAUGUUCCACCACCAGCACCCCUCACCACACUUGAACAGAAGGCUUCACCCGUUAUCCUUCAGCAGUCGGCAUCGUCGUGGACAGAAACCGGUAGUGGAGGGUCCAGGGAGGGCCGUGACACACAAAGAGAGGGCAGACGGUCCCGACGACCAGACGAAGGAGCGAAUAACACGCCACCACCUAAGAGGGCCAGAUCAUCAGACUUAUACCAGGCGCAGAUGAAGACCAGGUGUAGGACGGAGCAACUGUUAGCGUCGCAGGGCAGCCCAGAGCGACUUGCAACUAACGGACACGAGAUGGCGCUCUUCAGCCACGCUUUGGAAAACGCACAAAACCCACACUUGUCAAAUGUUUCCAAUAAUCUGUCAGGAGACGGUGAGGAGUCAUCAUCAGAUGCUGGCGCGAGUGACACAGAAGGAGACAACAGGACCAAACAAGAACCGGUGGAUUACGACGACCCAGCUACCAUGGCCAACACCAACGGAGCGUUACCACACAACUUUCCUGGACUACUUAAUCUACCUGGUUUCCCCGGUCUACCUGGUCCAUCAGGCAUACCAGAUAACUUCGGUGGAUGUCGACGAACACAGGACUUGCUGCGCGUAAGAGCUACCGAUCCCAGACCGUGCCCGAAGUGCGGUAAAAUCUACCGAUCGGCGCACACGUUGCGAACUCAUCUCGAAGACAAACACACCGUGUGUCCGGGUUACAGAUGCGUGCUCUGCGGUACGGUUGCCAAGUCCCGCAAUUCUCUCCAUUCCCACAUGUCGCGACAACACCGAGGUAUCUCCACAAAGGACCUGCCCGUGCUGCAAAUGCCUACGCGUUUUGAUCCAGAACUCGCCAGCCAAUUACUAGCAAAAGCCGGUGUAAAGGUAUCGCCAGAACAGCUUCGAGCUCGAGCGUCUCCAACAGGCCCUCGCAGGUCUGACAUAAAGCUGGACGCAAAAUCUGCGGCUUCUGAGAGCAGCUCUAUCUGUGGUGACAACGACCAUGAUGAUUUAAGCCAGUCGAAAUACCAAGACAGUAUUCCCGUUUCACCACCACAUAUAAACAACUUGACCAAUACGACAAUAACAAAAGUGCCAGCGGUCCGGGCAGUGACAGCAAAGGCUGUAGAGAACCUUCCACAUGGCAUGACGGGUAUGAAACAUGAUGACUAUCCUCCUGGCUUCGGAGGCGGCUCAGCACUAUUGGACACUUACCUUCAGUACAUCGGAGAAAAUGUUUUUGGAAUGAACGCAGCGAAACUUGCACAAAUGAACGCAAUGCACAUGGAAAGAAAAACGUACGACGAACCGUCGCCACAAAUGGGAUCUCUCCCACCGCCACCAACGACUCUUGCGCAUCAACGCUUCCUCAAACAAAUGCAAAGGCAGUACACAGAGAAUAUGGGCAAGCCUGACAUUAUGCGCGACUCUGAACAGCCGUUGGACCUGGGAAAGGAGAGACAAAGAAACGACAGCAUCAGCGAUGAAACCGACAGACAGGAUUUGGAGAAAGACCUGAACAAAGACUACUAUAAAGGCUACAAUGAUGACGACAGGAAUAGGAUACACAUGUCGGAAGACCAAGAGAUCCUGGGGCACGAAGACGAGUUCUCCGAAGAGGACAACAAAGCCGCCGCCUCAUGAAAUAACGUAUUGUGCGAAACUGACAUUGUUAAUGGUUUUUGAAACGGUGCUUGUGUGUUAUGUUGUCGUUUAUUGUUGACCCGUGGAAUGUCUAGUGCCAUCACUGGUAAGUUCGGUUUGCACAAUGUUACGGUUGACCGUAGACAUCUCACCCGACCAAGCCAUGUUCACUAGUAACCCGUUUUGACUCGCCAUUGAGAUUGUUUUAGUAGUAUUGUAAUCUAGUGUAGUGACUCGUGUAAUACCCCGUCACGUAGGGUACUUACAUAGUAAUUCCAUCCAGCUACCUCAAAUGCGCCAAUUCGGCGUCGAUUUAAAAAUAUAUAUCCACACAAAUUGUGAAAUUCCAUCCAUCUACCUCACUUCAAUAGAUUUUAUUUAAUAUUUUAUACAAUUUAUAGAUAUAACUGUUGUUUUAUGCAUUUUGCAGAUUGCAUUUAUAUAUACUAAAUAGAGUAUAUUGUAGGUAAAUAUAUGCAAGUCAUUCGGCGGUUUAGCGCCGUUCGUAGAGUCGUAAUGUUUAUUUUAAUAGUGAAUGCACUCACUAGAGGAACUUAGACUGUGUCACAAUAGUAGAGUAUUGCCCGAGGAGCAUUACCGUGUAUUCGAGCACAUUUUAUAUUUAUAACUGAGCAGAUAUCUUUGUAUACGAACAAAUAACAGAGCUUAAAAUAUACUAUAAUAUUCGUAAGCGCUUACGAAUCGGAAAGAAAAUAUAUGUUUAUAUAGUUCUUUACGGACAAAUUCUAAAUUUUAACAUCUUUUUGUCUUGAGACUGAAUUUUUCAAAUUUUCGAACGGUUAAAAUUCACAUAUAACUUACAAAUGGGGUAAUGCGUUGUAUAUACUAUUUGGUGAUAUGUAAAUUAUAGAGAAAUAACAAAAGCAAUAAAUAAAGUAUACCUUGAUGUUGCCUUCUAAUAAAUGUAAAUGGAAAGUGUGGUUUUAUGUACAUUGAUGUCUAGGCCGAUCGUACCUAGGUACAAGAAUGUUUAUUUUGUAGUAAUGAUGUGGGCUGGUUACUUAACAAAUACUGUGAUUACAAUCUCAUAUUAGCCUUCAAUAAUUAUACAUAUUUUUUAGAGUACAAUGUUAUAGUUAUUUAGUGUAAGGAUAUUGGUAAGCGAGUCACAAAUAUAUUUACUUCCCGAAGCUUAGUAUUCACGUUAUUCAAAGAGAACAUAGAGCAAUAGAUGGAGCAUUUAACCUUUUAUAUGGAAGAUUUUUGAAUCUGUACAGUUGCCACACUGACCUAUGGCCAUUAACAUAGACAAUAAAUUAAGAAAUAUAAUUCUGUGAACUAUGGAGAUAAACCAACUAGCAGUUGUUUGUAAUAAUUCAUCGUAUGAAGAAUAGGGAUGUUUAUUAAAACGUCAGUUUGUUGUCAAUGUCAAUUGCCCAGAGACAGUGUGGUAGCUUAUCCGAUUCCCCAAUAGAAUAAGUACUACGGGUUAAUUGAAUUAUGUUAGUGUGUUAGUGAGAUUUAAGAAAUAAGUCGGUUUGUGUUUGCCUAUACAUUAACCUUGUUGACAGUUAUCAGUGUUGCCAUAGUGAGUAAUUAUUUCGACUGUACAUAAACUUUGUUUAGAGAAGUGUGCUAAACACGAUGUUAUAGUACUUUUAGAUUAUAUUUACCACAAACAGUUCAUAGUUGUUAAAGCACGGUACAGAAGCAAUAGUUACCAUGUGAUGAAUAUAUUUUUCUGAACACAGUUUUGCAUACCACAGAUUAAAUAUUCAGCGCGUUGGUAUUAUACUGAUGUGAAAAUUACGCAUGAGGCUAUUACAUACGAAAUUUUAUUUUUAGGUGAUCUUUCAGGAAAAUUUUCGGACAAUGACAAUUGACAUAAUUAAUCAAUAUAAUACCAAUCGUUCAAGUUGUUAAAACAUAUUCUUAUAUACCAGUGAAGAUAUUAUUAUUAAUUAGGACUCUAAGUCAUGCUCUAGUAUUGUAUAAAUUAUGUUUAGUUACCUUGGAACUUGGAAAGUUCAUUUUUUAUCUUACCUCAUUAGUUCUCUCUUAGGUGUCUCGAUGUUCUAUGAACAUGAUUGUUUGUGCACUAUUUAAUAUGUAUGCAUGUCUUCUUGCGACUAAGUUUAUAAUAAAAGCACAAAAAAAUGUUAAAAUGCCGAAAGGUCUCAUGCUCUUCAUUAAAAUUGUGUUUUUUUAGAUUAGCAAAUGAUUUAGAAGAUAAUAUUUAUGUUUAUUUGUUCGCCAUGUUUAUGCCAUGUACGUUAGUGUACUAGAUGUAUGCCGCUUCUCUACAUUAUUAUAAAGAAAAUAAAAAAUAAUUGUUUUGAA